GAGGCAUCUCGGUCUGAUCCCUCGCUUGGUCUCGACUGUCAUUCAUCUCCAGAUCUACCAAAGGUUCCAAUACGUUGAAGAACCGACCAUGGCUCAUCGAAAGAUUUCGCGCUUCAUUCCACGAGACCAAAAGUGGCUCAUAGCAUGUCUCAUCGCAGUGUCAUCGGUGGACUCUGUGCUUGUCGGCUACGACAGCUCGCUCAUGGGUAGCCUCAAUGUGAUGCCCUCCUACAGCAGCUACUUUACUCUUACCACCACGACAAAGUCGCUCAAUACAGCCAUCUCCUAUGUUGGCGGUGCCGCCAUCUCACCUCUGGCAGGGUUUCUGGCCGACUGGCGAGGUCGCCGCGAGUGCGUAUUUUGGUCCGCGCUGGUGACUCUCAUCGGCGGUGUCAUCCAGGGCACUGCUCAGAACAUCGGAAUGUUCAUCGCCGGGCGGUGCAUCGUCGGCGCGGGUAUGGGUCUGGCCCAGACGACAGCGCCGACGCUGGUUGCUGAAACCACUCCCGUCAAAUAUCGAGGCUUCGCUCUCGGCAUGUACUACGCUUGCUGGGGCAUAGGUACACUUAUCGCGGCCGGCGUCUGCUUUGGGGCGGCUCCAAGCUUCGUCUGCUUUCUUAUUUUGUUAUUCGUUCCUGAGUCACCUCGUUGGCUCAUUAGCCAUGACCGACACGAAGAAGCGUUGGAGGUUCUCAGCAUCGUCAACGGUGGCGACGCCGACGAUGUACAGGUCCAGUAUCGCGAGAUUGCGGACACAAUCAACUUUGAAAAGGAACACAGCCUGGGCCUGGUGCAAGCGAUCUGCAAAAAGUCCAGCCGCAAGCGCUUGUUGAUUACAACAACGUUCUCGGCCAUUGUCAUGCUCCCGGGAACUAACAUCAUCACCUUUUACUUUGGCGAAAUGCUACAGAACGCCGGUAUUCAGAGCCCAAAUACACAACUCCAAAUCAACGUCAUUCUCACAUCGUGGAGCUUGGUCAUUGCCGUCGUCUCAGCCUGGUAUACGGAUUUGCUGGGCCGGAGGCAACUCUGCUCUGCUAGUUUGGCUCUGCAGACUGCCUUCAUCUUCAUAUUUGGCGCCUUCACGAAACUCUAUGGAGACUCAACCAAUACUUCUGGUAUAUAUGCAACGAUUGCCAUCAUAUUCUUGUACAAUGGCGCAUACAACUGGGGCAUCACGCCGCUCACAGUCCUCUAUCCUCCCGAAAUCUUGUCUUUUGAGAUCAGAGGAGUCGGCAUGGGCAUUUAUACCUUUGCCACAAAGUGCUGCGGUCUUCUGGUGACCAUGGCUGUACCUUUCGGCCUGCAGGCUAUUGGAUGGAAAUUUUACAUGGUGAAUGGAUGUUUCGAUGUCUUGAUGCUUGUCUUUGUUAUUUUUGUGUGGGUGGAAACUCGUGGUCUCAGCCUUGAAGAGGUCGACGAGCUGUUCGACAAGGAGAAGCGUGAGGUGGUCGCUGUGCAAGUCCAUGCAGAAACCAAGGUAGACAUACAGCACAAAGAGUGUUGAGGAGCCCCGUAUUAGCCUAACCUACAGCCUAUCAAUGUUUGUA